GGUUUUCGUCCUUGUUUCAUUAUCUAUACGAGAGAAUAUGGCUUCCUGUACAAGCCUUGUUUGGGACAAGUCCAAAUCUGAAAAUGCAUCUUCUUCACCGGCAAAGAAGCAAAUCUGCGAGGAUUUCCCACCACCACCACCAUCUUUAUCAGAAAAAACAGAUCCAAGAUCGAUUAUCAAAGUCUAUAACUAUGAUUCAGAUGAUGAGAUAAAUUAUGAAGAUGUGGAUGAGUUUGGAGUGCAUGAGAUGACUGACAAGGAAUAUAAGGAGUAUUCUAGGCAGAUAAAGGAAAGUAAGGGCUUUGAUGUCAUGGACUUUCCAAAGUCCUUCGCAUGUGGUAAAAUUAUGCCUAUUAUAAACCUCAAUUAUCAUGCUAACCACCUCAAAUCUCUUUCUGAAUUAGCGCUCAAGGAAUACAAUGAGAAAGAGAAAACAAAGCUAGAGUUUGUGAAACUUGUAAAGGCAAACCUGGAACCAUGUGAGGGCUUUCAAUAUUAUAUCACCUUUGAUGUCAAGGAUGCUGAUGCUGUUGAUGGUCCUAUCCUAACAUUUCAAGCUUUGGUGUGGGAUGGGAUCGACGAGAUUGAAGUAGUGCUUUGUAGGCUGGAAAUUAGUAAUUAAUCAAGGUAAAUAAACUAGUUGGGUAUGAUAAUUUUGAGAGAUAUUACUUUAAAAUGAUUUCAUGUUCGUAGUUCUUUGUUUGCUGGCCGGAAAGCUUUUCUAUGCUUUCUCAAUUUACCUUUAUUGUCUUAAUGAAGUAUUGUCCAUAUUGAUAUCCUCUUUUGUUUGCUUUAGUGGCAUAUUUUAACAAUGCUUAAUGAUGCAGAUUAAGCAUUUAUACCCAAUAACAAUUUUACCCCAUUUGAGACGUGCAAGUGAUGGAUUUCUCCAUCAUUAAAACAUUCUUAUAAAUAUUCAUAUGUGAUGAAAUUAGAGCUCUCAAAGUCUUAUCUUGUUCUUUUCAUCACCAAAAUUAUUACUAUAUGUGUCGCUCUGGGAUUUUUUUUCUUGAGAACUAGUGUAUUUUCUUCUAUUACUGUUGGAUUUCCAAGCUUAUUGAGUUCAUCUUCAACUACUCUAUAUCCCAAGAUUUAGAAGGGCCCUAGGAAGCACGAACGCUACUGUGGAGGCAGGGUCUUGUGUCCGACACUUGUGGCGGACUUGACACCCUUUGGACACUCCUAAAAGGGUGUCCGACAUGUCUUCAACAUGUUUUAAUUAAAAAAUCAAUUGCAUAAUAUUGUAUGCUUUACCAACACAUUGUGGACAUAUCUUGACCCUUCUGAACAUGUCCUAUAUGGUGGAUGUCUUCAUUAUAACAAUGUCUUGUGUCUUUAUAAUACAACUUAUGCAUUCGAAAUAUGUUUUAAAACGCUUAUUAGAAGAAUACAUCUUGUGUGAAUUAUGUUACAUGGACUUGGUUAUGAGUUCUAGGUGCUGGUGUGGGUGCCGGUGUAUGCCCAGCAUUAGAUCUUCAUAAAUUUAAAUUUUAGGAUAUCAAGAUAUGCACCCAAAAUGUAUGUGGGUUUGGGGACACACCUCAAACACACACAUAUAUAUUGCAUAUUGUUUACUAUUCUUAGAUAACAUGUAGUAAAUUAUUUGGAAAUUACAUUAAAUUGAAUGGGAUCUAAGGAACAUAAGGACUACAUAAAUAAUUUGAUGUGUGAGAAACUAGAAAUGUUUCUUUACUAGCUAAUGUGAGUGUCUUUUCUUCGUAUAUUAGAUAAACUUAGAGGAUUUGAGUAUCUAAAUUGGAUAUGGGUGUUUGACACAAAUCACACACCAUAUUUGGCGGACACGAGUAUAUUAAGGGAAGUAGAAGAGUCCAUGUAACAUAGUGUGUAAUACAAUGUUCGAUAAUUGUUCUGCAUUCUUUUGAAUGUAAUUGGUAUGUGAAUGAUAUGUUGAUGUUUAAGUUAUGAAAAAUCUUUUAAUGUAUAAAAUGUGUUGUGUUACAUAUUUUUUAUUAUCUUUGAAUAAAUUAUUUAUAUAUACGAUAUAUAACAAAUUUGUAAAAACAUAAAAUUUUAGCGUGUCCCAAGCAUGUUAUGUCCUACUUUCUUUUAUGAAAAUCGACAUGUCAGUGUGUCCAUGAUGUAUAUGUGCUACAUAGGAAUGGCCUUUAGGUUUCCAGACCUGGGAAGCAUCUGUUGUACUUCAGCCUUUAAAUUUGCCAAAUUUCGAUGGAUUUUUAUAGUUUUGUCUUGGAUCUUCCUCCUUUUGAAAUAGGUAUGUCUUUAUCUUUAAUUUCUCUUUGCACUUGCUGAAUUUCGCCAUUCAUCCUUGCAUUCUGUCUCUCUGUAGCACUGUUGGUUAUCUCCCUAGCUACCCGUUUGUGAAUAUUCUUUUCAACUUUUGCUCAUUCCAGAAUUUCAACAAUAUUCAUUUGUUUCAUCUAAUUCUCCAUUCUUGAUGCAGUACUCUUAAUAUUCAGAUCUGGUUUCAAAUUCUUGUUAUUUGACAAUUACCAUAUCUCUAGAUUGUCAUUCGCUUACAUCCUAUUUGUGGCUUUCUCGUAGUUCAAGAAAUUUAGGGAUUCUUGAUUUGAAUUCUCCAUAGAGAAAGCUCAUGCGAUACAAUAGCCACCUUCGGAGCACCAUUCUUACCUUGGAUUUUAGGAAAUUCAACUUCAAAAUUUGAUCCAAAUUCACUGGUAGACAUUGCAAAUUAGGAUCUGUUGUAACAAUUUGCUUGCACCAGAGAUUAGGUAGAGAGAAUUUAGGGUAGAAGCUCUUAUUUUCACUAAAUUUUUUUCUAGUAAUGCUAUAAUGUUCCAUUUAAGUCUGGACUUCGGUGAAUUUUUUCAAUAGAUGAAAUUCUCUCAGCAUUCAGAGAGUAUGAAAAUUUUUGCCAAUACAUCAAUUGUCCGAUUGUGAAGCUUUCAAAACCUUAAAAGUAGGAUUCUCAGCAUUCAAUUCUGGCAAUUCAGGAUUGAAAAGAGACACAGGAUCUCAAUUGCCAUAGGAAUUAGCGAAAGUUUCAGAGAAUUGAGGAGCAGAGGAUUACUAUAGACAGGAAUGCAAGAGAGUAUAUUGCUGAAGAGAUAGCAGUCAUAGAGAGAGCAUUGAGAGGUGGUCUCUUGAGCACCAGUGGAGAUGCAUAUCCAAGCCUUGGAUCUCUGUUAUUUUGGAUUGUAAAUCUAUUAUUGGCCAUUUGAGGGACUCAAAUUUGGAGGCGAGCCUUGUUUGACCACUAACUUCCCCCACUUCGUCUUGUUUUUCCUACCAAAUUGAAUAUUAUUCAUCAUGACCCAAUUCUUUUUGUGUUGAUUGUUGAUUGCUUUUAUUUUCAGUUGAUUGAUUUUUACAUUCGAUUAUUAGAGGCAUGAUUGAAUAUAAAGGAAUUUUCCUUUUCCCCAUGUUUGAUGGGUUGUUGGUUACUGAACCGAUCGAUUUGAACCAAUAUAAAUUGGUUCAGCUUGGUAGUUUACUUGUCUCAUCAGUUUUGGUGCUGAUUUGCAAGAAAACCUUCAAGUUUGGUUUGGUG